AUGCCUGCGAUGACGAUCCAUCCUCCCCGACGCCGUGCGCACGGACCGCCCACCACGCCACGUCCCCACUCACGCAUGUCCUUGCUCGAAGCGCGCCUCAACCGACCUCUAACCUCCCCCUAUCCCGUCCCGUCCUCGACGCCCCCCAAAAUGGUGAGCCCCUCCCCCUCCCCCACUCCCAACACUCAACCGCAACCCACCUCUAAUGACCCUCCCUUUCUUCCCUCAGGUCCGAGCCGCCUCUCACACCGAACUACGCCAACGAUCGCAAGCGUUCGCCAACAAGGCGGGCAAGUCGAACCCGCUCAAGAAGGCGACCAAGCCGAGCGAGACGCAAAAGACCACCAUCCCGCGGUGGUUGUUCAUCGUGUUCUUCUUGUUGUUAGCGGGUGGAUGUGAGUUCCUACUUGGUGUGGUUCGAGUGCGCUUUUUCGGGGGGUAGGGAGGGAGGGAGGUAGCUCGGUGGGCUUGUGGAGGUGUGCUCGUCUUGGGAAGAAGUACGAGGUUGGCUCAUCGCACAAUGUUCCUACCGCAGUAUUCUUUGAAAUCGGGCAAUUGGUCCUCGACCAAAUCUGGCCACCCGUCACCAAAUACAAGCAACCCCGUCGACCGUAA